UUCCCUCUGCCUCAUUGCAAGAACUAGGCGUCACGCCACCCAGAUAACUCCCCAGGCCUGGCUUCAGUCAGUCGGCUCCUCCGCCAUCAGUGAUUCCGACGCACUCUUCGUCCCUCAGCUCUUCUCUAUACAGCCCAUCUGGUUUCUGUUGAUUUAAAACCAUUGCCAUCGAGUGGAAGAUAACCUGUAACAUGGUGGAGGCGAGCUCUAUGGGUGAAGAGUAUGAUUCGUAUGAACAACGCAAAAGUAAAAAACGGAUGAAGAAGGCAAAGAAAGAGAAAGUUGACUUCAACAGAGACAAUCCACAUAAAUCUGGAAGAGGAACGGGGAAGGAGGAAAGUUUGAAAGACAGAAAGAUAGCCCAGGCAUCUCGUAUUAGGAAACAGGUUGAUCCUGAAACAGCGAAAUACUUCUCAGAAAUUGCUAAUCUCUUUGAAAGUAAUGAGGUUGACCUGGAGGAACGAUCAGUUAUAUGUGGUAAUGCUCUUGAAGAAACCAGGGGAAAAGAAUUUGAGCUUGCAACUGAUUAUAUUAUAAGCCACACUCUGCAAUCACUCCUUGAGGCCUGCGAUGUAGACAACCUUUGCUCUUUCCUGCAAAGCUGUACAAAGGAUUUCCCUUUUAUUGCAAUGGAUAGAUCUGGUUCUCAUGUAGCUGAGACAGCCAUCAAAUCUUUAGCUGCUCAUCUUGAACAUCACGAGGGUCAUCCUUUGAUUGAGGAGGCUUUGACUGUGAUAUGCAAGGUGGUUGCUGCUAAUUCUGUUGAUGUGAUGUGUAAUUGCUAUGGUUCCCAUGUGCUUCGUAGUCUUCUUUGCCUUUGUAAAGGAGUACCACUUGAUAAGUGUGGGUAUUAUGUAUCAAAAUCAGCAACAAAUGUAGCAGAUCGAUUGAAUUUGAAGACAUUUCCUUCAAAAGAAGAUGAUCCAGCACAAUUUCAGCCUGGAUUUCCAGAAUUACUAAAGUUCCUUGUGUCAGAGAUCUUAGUGCAUGUCAAAGAAUUUAGCAAGACGCUGCUAGUUGAUCAGUUUAGCAGUUUAGUUCUUCAGACUGCUUUAAAGCUCUUGGCGGGGAAUGAUGAAGAGUUGUUUCACGUCAUUCCUGUCCUUAUUGGCUGUGAAGAAGAAAAUAUUGCAGAGGGCAAUCUUAUUGAAACAGCAAGGGUACGAGAGCUUGUGAAGUUAUUGAAAGAACCCGCAUCUAGCCGUCUAAUGGAGGUUGUUUUGGAAGUAUCUCCCGAGGCCUUAUACAAUGUUAUGUUUGCUAAAGUAUUCCGGAAUUCAUUGUUUGAGCUAUCAUCUCACGAGUGUGGGAAUUUUGUUAUUCAGGCAUUGAUUUCUCGUGUGAGAAAUCAGGAUCAAAUGGAGGUGAUCUGGGAAGAACUUGGUCCAAAUAUUGAAAGUCUUUUCAAAAUGGGAAGGUCAGGGGUUGUUGCUGCACUAAUUGCUGCAAGCGAGAGGCUUCAUAUUCAUGAACACAAGUCCUGUCAAGUCCUUGCUGAAACAGUGUGUUCAGUGGAUGGGUCUACAAAGUGGAUCAUCCCACGGUUAUUAUUCCUUGAUCACUAUUUCACUUGUGAAGACAAGUCCAAUUGGAGUUGGCAUAGUGGUGCUAAAAUGCAUGUCAUUGGCUCUCUGAUUCUGCAGACAGUAUUCCGGUUCAGAAGUGAAUAUAUAAAACCUUAUAUCGCCAGUAUUACAACUAUGGAAGAUCAUCACGUGCUUGAAGCAGCCAAGGAUUCAGGGGGAUCACGGGUUAUUGAAGCCUUUCUAAGUUCAGGUGCUCCGGGAAAGCAGAAGCGUAGAUUAAUUAACAAGCUACGAGGGCAUUUUGGAGAGAUUGCAUUACACCCUUCUGGUUCUUUUACUGUUGAAACGUGCUUCACCACCAGUAAUCUGUCGCUAAGAGAGGCUAUAGUGUCUGAAUUGUUGUCUGUGCGAAGUGAGCUUUCCAAGACAAAGCAGGGCUCUUACAUAUUAAGGAAACUCGAUGUUGACGGAUUUGCUGCCAGACCUGAUCAUUGGAGGUCCAAACAAACAUCGAAAGAAUCAACUUAUAAAGAUUUUUACGCUACAUUUGCUUCCGAUGAUAACAAGUCAACCAAAAUGAGUGGCUUUCUUGCUGACACAUCAAAUAAAAAUUCAAAACCAAAAACUGUUAAGGAAGUGAGUAAAGAGAUUGGUCAAUCCUUAGCUUCUUCCGCUCCAUUUUUGAGCACAUCUGGAUCCAAGAGAAAAUCAAAAAAAGAAAAGCAGAAAAAUAAGAAAAAUGCUCAAAUUGGUAGAGAUGAUGGUAGCUCUAAUAGGAAAAAUGAAAGUUUCAACAAGGAUGGUGCAUCUGUGAAGAAACGAGGAAGAGAAAAUGAUGUGUCUGAAGCUUCUCAGAAGAAAUUGAAGGCAUAAGAUGAGGUAUAGAUCGGAAGACAGGGUUUUUUCAGAAUAGUAUGGCAUUGAACAUGGUGGAAGAGGUUCAAAGAUCUGGCGCGUGAAGGUUUGAACGAUACCUCACAGCUUAUAAAAUUUUGUAUCAUUUACUAAGCUGUAUAGACUAUGAAUACACAGGGUGAGAAAGUAGUUUUUGUUGACAGUAUUUCCCAAAUCCAUCUACCAUAUUCUUUAUCAUUCACGCUAGUAAAGCUAAGAAAGGUUAUCAAAUAUUUACCAAACUUUUUGAGC